AUGGCAACUGGUUAUUAUGGUAUUGUAGAUGAAGUUCGGGUGGUGCUAGUUGAUCCUGAAACAAAGAAUGUCACUAAAAUGGUGGAUUUGAUGAAGUCCUGUGACUACAAAGUUAUUACGGUUCGUACAUCUUCAGAAGCAAUGGAAAUGCUUUCGAAAGGAGAGGAAAAAGUUGAUGUGAUUAUAAUCAGUGUUCAUACACCGAAUUUGAAUUCUUUUAAACUUUUGGAUCAAGCUGUGACCUUGGAUAUAAUUUCACUAUUUGUAUGUGAUGAAUACAAUGAACUCUUGGCAAAAAAAGCUUUGAAAGAAGGGGCAAGCCUUUUUGUACACAGGCCACUAAAUGAGGAAAUUGUGAAAUACCUGUGGCAAUUUGUACUUAGGAGAAAAAUAGAAAGAGAGACAGCGAAAAAAGGAUCAGAAGAUGGAGACAAGAUGAUUGUUAAUGAUGUUGAUACAAAUGAUAUGGAUGGAGAUAAUGAAGUAUUAUCUAAAGAAACAAAUUAUGAGGAAGUUGAAGACGAUAUUGGAUCUAAUGGAAAGUACAAGCGGAGAAGGAAGAACAAUAGAAAAGAUAUAAAAAAGAACAAGGUUAUUAAGCAAAAGAAUUGUGUAAAGUGGACUGCGGAUCUUCAUGCAAAAUUUAUGAAAAGCUUGGAACAAUUAGGUGAAGGAAGAUGUUACCCAAAGGAAAUAGUGGAGGUUAUGGAUGUGCCUGGUCUUACCAGGAUGCAGGUAGCGAGCCAUUUACAGGAAAUACAAACACAUAUUCAGGUAGCUAGCACAAUGAUGUCUGAUGUUGAUUCUGAAAAUGUGACUAGUAACAAACUUGGAACAAUAAUUUCUAAUUUUCAGCAACAUAUUGCUGAACAAAAUAUGUCUUAUCCAAGCAGUAUAAUCGCGAUAAAUAAGAGUGAUAUAGAAGGAAGUGAUUCAAAUAAGAAGGAAGAUUGUGAUGCAUAUUUUAAUUUCAAUAAUAUUGGUUAUUUGUUUCAAAAUCUUGGACCUCCAGCUGCUAACCUACCAAAUUCAUUUGACAAUGAUUUUGAUCAAGUUUAUUCUGAUGAUUAG